AGGACUCAAACUCCCAAGAUGGCGGCGGCGUCUGAGGAGCGGAUGGCUGAAGAAGGAGGCGGCAGCCACGGCGAUGGCGGCGCCUGUUCGGCCUCCGGCUCCGCUCAGCGACAGCCCCCGCCGACCCCGUCGCAGGCCCCGCAGCUGGGCUCCCAGGCACCCGCGGCGCCCGCGCUGGCUCCGGACCACCUGCCUCAAAACAACACACUGGUGGCGCUGCCCAUCGUAGCCAUCGAGAACAUACUCAGCUUUAUGUCCUACGACGAAAUUAGCCAACUCCGCCUGGUUUGUAAAAGAAUGGACUUGGUCUGUCAGAGAAUGUUGAAUCAGGGAUUUCUGAAAGUGGAGAGGUACCACAAUCUAUGUCAGAAGCAAGUUAAAGCACAACUGCCAAGGAGAGAGUCAGAAAGAAGAAACCAUUCCUUAGCUCGUCAUGCAGAUAUCCUUGCUGCCGUGGAAACAAGGCUGUCACUGUUAAAUAUGACUUUCAUGAAGUAUGUGGACUCCAACCUCUGUUGCUUCAUACCAGGAAAGGUGAUUGAUGAGAUUUACCGUGUACUGAGAUACGUCAAUUCUACCAGAGCCCCUCAGCGAGCCCAUGAAGUGCUACAGGAGUUACGGGAUAUCUCCUCCAUGGCCAUGGAGUACUUUGAUGAGAAGAUUGUUCCAAUUCUGAAGAGGAAAUUACCAGGAUCAGAUGUGUCUGGAAGACUCAUGGGCUCCCCUCCAGUUCCCGGACCAUCUGCAGCACUGACAACAAUGCAGCUCUUCUCCAAGCAGAACCCUUCGAGGCAGGAGGUCACCAAGCUUCAGCAGCAGGUUAAAACCAAUGGUGCUGGCGUGACUGUCCUCAGGCGUGACAUUUCUGAGCUCCGCACCAAAGUGCAAGAGCAGCAGAAACAGCUUCAAGACCAAGACCAGAAACUGCUAGAGCAGACCCAGAUCAUAGGUGAACAGAAUGCACGGUUGGCAGAGCUGGAACGGAAGCUUCGAGAAGUCAUGGAAAGUGCAGUAGGAACAUCCUCAGGUUCUGGGCAGGGUGAGGACUCUCCUCGGAAACGAAGGAAGGCGACAGAAGCCAUAGACUCUCUUAGGAAAUCCAAACGACUUCGGAACAGGAAGUAAAUUGGAAUGUGGCUGUAGCUCUGGGGAAGAUGUCUGUGGCCGGGAGUUUAAGCAGCUCUUCCUGUCAGGAUACUGGAGCAACGUGGUGUCCCUUAGGCUUCCAGGCGAUCAAAACACAACUUACACUUGGCUCUUGUGGUUGGCGUCCCUUCUCGCGCUUCUCUGGUGGAGCUGAUGCAGAGAACCUCUUACUCUGCAAUAGAUCUGUACUAACCAGACCCAUGCUAUCAUCUUUGGGAGCUAACGUUUUUCCUGUGCAGGUGAUGUGUUAAGUUUGUCUGUUUCAGCAUAUAUGCACAUUACAUACGGAUUUUAACAAACCAUUCUUGACAGACUCAAAGUUAAGUUUAAUACAUAAGAUGUCCUGUUCACUUGAAAGAAAAAAAAAUCUACUUUUUAAAUGGACACUAUCUUGUUUUUUUUUUUUUUUAAAAAAAAAGGUUGACUUUUUGUUUGUUAUAAGUGACCUUUGUCUGGAAUGUCUGAGAAGUAGUUAAUACUGUGCUGUUGCAGCGGUGGGUAAGGGAAGGCCCACAGAGUGUUACUGUAGAAGGGCUCUACAGUACUGACUAUAUUUUUAUAAGCUACUGGCAAGGGAUGUUUCCAGUUUUUAGAUACAUGCUUUCAGUUUUCCUUGGGGCCAUGGCCUACAUCUGCAUGGAUGGGUGCAUGCAUUGCCUAGUCAGCUCUUGCACUGGUGUCCAUCUUGACCUCUGCACCACUUGUAGAUCUGCGCCUUCGCUUACUGUCUUCCUCUGCAGCGGCUUGCCUGGAAGGGGAGAAUUGCCAGUCCAUUUGUCCUCCGGUUUCGCAGGCACAAGAGACUGUAGAGCCCAUUGAUGUGUCUCUUCUCUGUAGGGUUCAGGUACACUGGCCAAGACAGAACCCCAAAUCCAAGCCUCUUUCUGUAGACAUCAGACCUCUGGGAAGCAGUCAUGAGGCUGACUUGUCACUGUGCUCAUGGGUCAACCAUGACGAAUAGGGACCCAACUGAAGGAAAGUUCAUUGAAGAAAAUGUGCCGUGAAAUUAGUUUGAUUAUUUCAUAUCUAAGGGCUUUGCCGAAGCCUUUGAAUACCACUUUCGAGCUCCUGUGAUAACUCUGACAGAACCGUUAGUUUUCCGAGCUCCUGCGAUCUAAAGAUUUAGAUUUGUUUGCACUCUGUUUUGAGCUCGUAACUGGAAAAGUGUGUCUUGCACUGUCCAACCUUCUGAGUGGUUCACACUCUCCAAAUUGUGUAAAAUGGUUCUUUUCCCUGUUGUAUAUUUUUGAAACAUCCAACAAUCACUGUCCUAUUUUUAUUUUAAUGUACUAAAUUAUGUAGUUUUGUUCUUUUAACCAUCUGUUGCUUUGGGCUUCAGUUAUUUAUAGUAAUUUAGCUGUGAGAUAGUUAAAACUAUCCCUUUCCAGGUGAAAGUUGACACCUGUGGAAAACUAAGGUUUGGUAAUCCCGCAGUGGGAGGGAAGCACAAGGGUGUCAUCCGUCCAACACGAUGUGUCCUGCUCCUGCAUCCUUUAGGACACUUUCACCAAGUGACACUUCCUACCCAUUCUUAAUAUUGUCCCCUCAUGAUCGUGCCCUUGGGUUUCGUUCAAGUCUGGCUUUGAAGGUCCGUUUACGAUGUAGUGUGUUUCAGUGAGAAUACAUAACAUGGCAUCCAAGUGUCUCAUGGUUUGUUGGUAAGGUAAUUUUAAAAUAAACAGUUUCCUAAAAAGAUUUGUCAGCCCAGGUCAUCCAUAACGGUCCUUGUCUAGAACUUGUUUUCUCAGCAGGUCUCACUUUUGCAGUUCUAGGAAGUAGCCAUAUCACCGUAGCCUUGGAGGAGGCCUAUUGGGCACUCAGAGCUUGACUUUCUUAGUCUACCGUUGUGGUAGAAGAAGACUUGGUAAGCAUCAAAGUACAGGUUUUCAGAGUAUAAUCCUUAUGCAUCAAAGAAAUAAGCCUCAAAUUAGUUCUCCAAUAAUUAUUAAAAGUUUCUUUCAAACUACAUCUAACUAGCCUAAAUGUAAUCACCAGUCUUCCAUUAGUUGAUGUGAAUGCCUGGCUUUCACAGUGAGCAUCCACAGUAAGAAGGUACGGGGACAUGUCUGCCGCACGCCUGUGGUCUGCCCAUCAGAUUUGCACUUGCAUCAUGAGUAUCCGUAACUAUGAGAAUAAAGUACUACAGCCCGCUUGUCUUGAGCUUUCCUUGGAGUAGCUAACACAGGUCAGGCAGUUGUCUUCUCCACUUAAUACAGUGCUUUGGAAUAGCAUAGUAGCAUUUAGAGUUUUCCAAAGCACACAUUAUUAAUAGCUAAAACUGACUUGCCAUGGGAAAACUUGCCCGCCUCCUGAGAGAGACAUCUUGCAUUUCCUGGCAGAAACUUACCUGCUGUGGGUAGUUGACAGCACAUUUCAGAAAGUAUCCCCACCGAGAAGUGGUUCCUCUGUGUGAAUGACUCAUUCCCAUGUAUAAGUUCACCCAUGGUGCACACUACACACAGGCAUACAAACAUGACAAGACAUGGAUGGGAGGUGAAGAGGACUGGCCCCUGGCCCGCAGAGCCCUGCUCACCUCCCACACUGACUGCUCAACUGUUUCCAGCGUGGUCAUGACGCUCUUCAGACUUCCCUUCUGAUGUAGAGAGCCUGGCAGUAAUGGGGGCAAUUAACAGUAACCUUACUGUUGUAGACUAUUGGGGUACCCCAAGUCAAAAGCCAAUGAUUUAGAAUCAACUUUUUUUUUUUUUUUUUUGUAAAACAUGUUUUUGGAGUACUGAACUUCACAGGGGCUUGCCUUAAUUUAGUAGUUUCAAGAGGUAUGUGCUACUAGUCUAUGUGUUGAAAUGUUAAAAUAUUCUAUGUAGCCCAAGAAUGGGUAAAACAGUUUAAUGCCUAAAAGGUGUCACUGCAGCUGGGUUUUUAGAGAAAGUGGACGUACAAGAAAUAGGCUAUGCGCCAUGAACGGAAACGAUGGCACCGUGGGGUUGCACUGUUUCAUGCACUGUUUUCUAUGCCAUUUCAUAGCCUGCACUUUAACCUCCAAAGAAAUGCUGUGUGCUGCCCGUUCCUAGUUGGUGAGCUCAUUCCUAAAACGGCACUAAUCCUAUCAUUUCUCUGUGCUGAGUUAGUUUCCUUAGCUGCCUUCCUCAUUGAGUUCUCUGCUUCUUUAGCCAUAAUACUUUGUAGGAGCUGAGAACUCGUGUCCCCUCAGUUUCCAACAGCGUAACAUUUUAAUUUAGUGUAAACCUCAUCCUUGGUGGUCAGCCCAGUCCUAGAUCCUCUUCUAGCGGUGACUACCUGUUUUUUUCUUAAACCGAACCCUCAGAAAGUAGACACUGUGAGAUUUGAAAGCAGGAAGAGAAGACCUGAAAGGGACACAGAAAGUGACACGGCUGCCUGGAAGUGACUGGUUCUAACAGGAAAUUCACUGUUCUAUGCUUUGGCUUGAGACCUGCAUGAGUUUCUUUUGGACACAAGACGUUCAGUUAAAACUACUUAAAACAUAGAGCCUACCAUCUGCAGGAAGUUGUUUUCAACAAGCACUAUAAAGCAACAGUGACCACUGCUGGUGGAGUGUGGCCGCCGGCUGCGCAUCACACAGCCAAGAACUAAGGCAAGCUUGAGUGAUGUUGGCUUUUCCCAAUUUCCUAAGAAUCCUAGUUAUAUUUCUGAAGCUCAAGCACUAAAUCCACCUUUUACCGCUGUGUCUGAAGAUAGCCACAUGCUUUAGCGUAGGAAUCCAACCAGGCUAUUAUUGCCAAAGUCUAGUGGUUCAUACUGCCAAAAGGUUUAACGUGUUGAAGAUUCCUUUAUGUGGUACCAUAUGUCUGUUUACUUAUGCUCAUGAGCGACAAUAAACCACUAGUUUACCUUCUGGAAUUUUCAUUGUUGUGACCUAAUCAAUUAUGGGAAGGUGAAAAAAAGCCCCUCCCAGUCACACAGCAGGGCACAGAAAUAAAUGUGUUGUCACCAGG